AGAGCAGAGCCACCCGAAGUGCCAACACACGACACAAAGUCCAGCUAAUAACAAAAACGAGACGAGACAGCAGCGAGAAAAAUAUAUAGAAAACAACUUCGAAGAUUGUGUGUGCGAGCCAGCCGUCAAAUUGAGUUCCGUUCGAGUGGCAAACAAACCUGAGUAGCCGUACCGCCAUGAGCUUCACCCGCCAACUGUCCGAGAUGAGUGCCAGCGAGCUGAACGACGCCAUUGACGACACCAACUUCCCGCAGGCCCACAUCCUGUCGCGCGGCCGCAACAACAGCGUGUGCUCAACAAGUAGCACCUCGGGCACCUCGUCGCUGGCCGACAGGGCGCAAACAUCCCAGCCGGAGGAGACCCAUCCUGGAACGCCCGCGGAGGAUAUUGUGGCUCCAGUUGUUGCCGUGGCCGGAAACCAGAGACCCCGCCUCAUCCUGAAAACCAACGGCAGCACUCCGGAAAGCGAUGGUACACAACCGAAAACACCAAUGACACCGCGUACAUCGACAACGCCAGGUAGCCACGAGAAGUGCACGUUCCACCACGACCUGGAGCUGGACCAUAAGCCGCCGACGCGAGAGGCCCUGCUGCCGGACAUGGCUCGCUCGUACCGCCUGCUGUUGGGCGGACUGGGCGAGAAUCCCGAUCGCCAGGGACUCAUCAAGACCCCGGAGCGGGCGGCCAAGGCCAUGCUGUACUUCACGAAGGGCUACGACCAGAGUCUCGAGGACGUUCUAAAUGGCGCCGUGUUCGACGAGGAUCAUGACGAAAUGGUGGUGGUCAAGGACAUCGAGAUGUUUUCCAUGUGUGAGCACCAUCUGGUUCCGUUCUACGGCAAAGUAUCUAUCGGUUACUUGCCGUGCAACAAGAUUCUCGGCCUCAGCAAACUGGCACGCAUUGUGGAAAUCUUUUCGCGUCGACUGCAAGUCCAGGAGCGCUUGACGAAGCAGAUCGCAGUGGCUGUAACUCAGGCAGUUCAACCUGCGGGUGUAGCUGUUGUAGUAGAGGGAGUGCACAUGUGCAUGGUGAUGCGGGGCGUGCAGAAAAUCAACAGCAAAACUGUUACCUCAACUAUGCUGGGCGUGUUCCGAGACGAUCCCAAGACCCGUGAGGAAUUCCUGAACUUAGUCAAUAGCAAAUAGAGUGGACACUAAGGACGAUAUCGAAAUCCGAGACCAACUAAUCCAUUACAAUAUUUUUGGAAGCGCUUAUAUACAAAGAAACAAAAAAUGAAACGAAACACAGGGUCCAUUAGUUUAUGUUUUUAGGAUUGAUUUCAUUUAGUUAGUGCAAUGAUUGCUUUGUUGAUUUGUGUAAAAAUUGUUGGAAAUUCUGUUAGAUACAUACAUUUACCUAGAAGAGAGUAAAGAGCGGCGAGCUUCGAAGAGGUUGAGAAUUGAUUUCCGGUGUUGGGUAGUUUUAUGUUCAAUUUUAUAUGCAGUUUUAUGGCACUUGAACGAUAAUUUUUACAAUUUAUACAUACGAGUAAUGCAUUGUGCAAUAAGGGAAAAACUGAUAAUAAAUCAACGCAAAUUGUUUAGGGAAUUUACAAUUUAAACAGAGUUCAUAAAAAGUAAUCAAAUCUGUAGUUAUGUAUGUAUGUUAUCCUAUAUAACAAGUUAUAUUCAAAUUGUUCUGUAUAAGGAACGUAAACGUAUUGGACGAUUUUAAAUGUUAAAAUUUAAUGCUCAUUGUGUAUCAUAAAUGAUGUUGCUUGUAGUAAAUCGAAGCUGCUUAUUAAUUAUACAAUAAAUUAUGUAUUUAAACACUGUUGAAAAAA